AGGCACCCGUGCUUGCGAGGGCCGAGGCAGCAGGGCGCGCACCGUCGGCGGUGGCGGGCGGCGCCCGCCAAGCGUGGGUUCGCGGCUCGAGGGGGCGGCCAGCAGAGCUGCCGCUAACGUUCCUGCUGUCGCAGCGCAUGACCAGAGGCAGGGUUUGGCAACGUGAAGGAGCGACGGCGUCGUGGGGAAUCCCGUGGCGCAGCGGAUCACGUUCGACCAGUAGAGACCGCCAGAGACGAGAGGCGGCUCCCCUGGCGCUCGUUGUGGCCUCGGCGCUGGUCGCCACCGCCUGCUUGCACGUUGGCUCGGACGACGAGCACAGGAGUCUGAGGCGGCCGACCUCCGCGCAGGCCCCGAGCAGGCGCCUCUUCGACAUGGCGCCGCCGUCUCACAAGGAGGGAUAUUACCAGUGGAUGUGGGCAGACGCCAAGGAGCUCGGGGAUCACGAGCUCGCAGAGGCCGAUCCCUUUCGCUGGAGCGACUGGCUGAAUGCCGCGGGCACCAUCGCGGACUUGCAGGCGUACCAGACCACGGAGAACAUGUUCCGCCCGGUGGAGCUCAUGGCGGGCAGGGACAACGACAGUCCGGACGCGCUUGCGCGGCCCCUGAAGUUCGGGUCCAUCGACGAG